CUUUUAAAGACACAGACCUCACCUGCAUCAGUAAAGAGAACCCACGGAGGGGAUGGGGGAGUGCAACAGGGCUGUGGUGAUGUCUGUGUUCUCCUUUGACUACGGACAACUGGGGAAAAGGAAUGGAGCCAAGAGGGACGAGAAGAAACUCCACAGAACCCUCAGCAAACUGGGUUUUAAAGUAGAAGUGCACAAUGACCUGAGCAGCCAGGAGAUCUACGAGCUCUUUCUCCAAGAGAGUGUGCGGCCUGUGAAGGACUGCUUUCUGGCCGUCCUCUCGUCUCACGGGACGGAGGGCUGUGUGUUUGGAGCCGAUGGGAAGCCAGUCCUGCUGUCUCGUAUCUUCAGAUGUUUUGACAAUGAUUACAUGGAGAAAAAGACCAAAGUGUUUUUGAUACAGGCGUGUCGAGGACAGGCUCUGGAUGAUGGACUGGAAGUGGAUUCAGCUACAGACUCUACAGAGAGCAGCUGCUUUUCACAGUAUUCUUCUGUCCCAGUGGAUACAGCUGUGAUGUACACCACAGCACCAGGAUACGGUGCUUUCAUGAGCCCCUCUGGCUCAAUCUUCCUCCAGACUUUCUGCUCUUUAUUAGAAGAUGAGGGCCAUCAAAACCUGGAGCUGACCCGCUUAAUGACACGACUCGCCCACAGGAUUGCCUACACCUUCCAGGCCAAAGGUCAAGAGUUUGAAGGAAAGAAAGAGAUGCCGUGUCUAGUAACACGGCUGACCAGAGAAGUGUUUCCUUUCGCCAAGUCGGGGAAAGACAGCGGGGCCACAGGAAUGUCUGCCACAUGAAAGAUGCUUGGCUCCCUUUUCAAACGUCUUUAAAAAGUACACUGAAUUACAGUGCGAACAUUGUACCAGGAAAUAUAGGUACUGGAAAACAGUAGCCUAACUACUGUAUGUUCCCCAGUACAAAGCCAGCAAAGUAAAUUCAGUACUUUUAUCAUUUGCAUUAAAAGUCACUCUGUCUGUUAUCCAUAAAAAAGCAAAGGAGGAGUGAUUGUCUCUGUGGUUAAGGAAGAAAAAAAGAUAUUAUGGGUAAAUAAAGCUCUUUACUGUCUCGUUCAAAAACUUUGGAUCAUUUGUUAACGUCACAUCUCUAGUAUUCUUCCUACACAGAGCUGUG